CCUUUCAGUACCUGCGUGACUACACUUUACAGUGGUGGGAUCGAAAACACAAGUAUUCUGUUAAACAUGUUACUGCAAUGUUUACUCGUGCUCCUGGUUACAUGUCCAUUCGGUCAGUUGUUUGAGAUUCAAGUCCCACGCUCCACUAUUAAAAAUCCAAUUUUGUUAGAUGUGCCUCGAAACACAGAGGAUAAAUCUGAUAGCCUAUCGGAUGCCAUCAAGGUCACCAAUGCUAGUAACCAUUUCGGUUUGGCCCUGUACCACGUAUUAUCUAGGUCUGGUAAUCUGUUUAUCUCUCCGUUUAGUUUAUCAGCUGUACUGACCAUGACCUAUUUGGGUGCCCAGGAUACCACUGCCCAACAAAUGAGUUCUGUUCUUGGUUAUCGCCCCGUGGGAUUAAAGAGCGCGGGAGUUCUAAAUGGGCUGCAAGAAGCCACGAAUCUGUUGAACAGUCAAGAAAACGGUUACGAUCUUGAGAUAGCUAAUGCUGUUCUAGUUCAGCGAAGUUUCAACGUACUAAAGAGCUAUCGACAAGCACUCACGAGAGAGUUGAACGCCACUCUUCAAGAGGUGGAUUUUCAGACCGAAGGAGAGAAAGUCGUUAAUGAAGUUAAUAGUUGGGCAUCCCAUCGGACAAAAAACAAAAUUCAGAAUCUGUUAACCAAACCACUUCCAAGCAACAGUCGCCUAGCAUUGCUGAACGCUGUCUAUUUCAAGGGAACAUGGCAGACAAUGUUUGACAAAAAACUGACCAAAACAGGAACUUUCUACAACAAUGGCCUAAUCCCGACAAGAGUGAAUAUGAUGGAAAUAAAAACAAAAUUUAAAUUUUUCAAUGAUCCUAAUCUUGAUGUAUAUGCUAUAGAGAUGCCUUAUACAGGUCAUCACAUGUCCAUGUUGAUCCUCCUACCACAUAACAGGAAUGGAUUACCAGCCCUCGAAAGGGCGCUUUCAGUCCCUUAUUUAGAAAAUGUAUACGCCACCCUUCAGGAGAAGAAUGUUUUUGUCAGGAUGCCACAAUUCAAGCUGGAGGAGAAAUACGAAGAUAUCAAGAGAACACUGCAGGCUUUGGGAAUGUCGGACGUAUUUGAUGAACAAAGAGCUAAUCUGGCCGGAAUAACUGGGCAUCGAGACCUUUACUUGAACAAAGUUGUCCACAAGACACACGUGGAGGUUAACGAGGAAGGAAGUGUGGCUACUGCAGUGAGCUUUGGGGUAAGUAUAGUGAGGAUCGGAGGCAACAUUGCUCCACAAUUUGUAAUUGAUCAUCCCUUCAUAUUUUUAAUCCGAGACUCUCGUACUGGCUUAAUUCUCUUUAUAGGUCGUGUUGCUGAACUGUAAUAGACAAUAUGAACUACUGUUCAAACAUACAUAAUAUGAUUGGUAGAGGAUUAACUUCAUAUCGUUUUAUUAGGCUACGUAUCUUUAACUUUUUUUUUUAGUUUAAAGUAUUAAAUAUGUACUUCA